AAAAGGUACAAAGAAGAUGAAAACAGUUUAAGAUAUCUUAAAAGUUACUUCGAAAACUCAGGUGAAUGUGAAUAAAUGGCUGCGUUCAGCAGAACUCAGCGCUUAGCAGCCAGCAGCAUUAAUGUUCUGCUGAACGCUCUUGUGCGUGUGUAUGACAUUUUACAUACAUGCAGGUAGAUUAGGUAUAUACACUACAAAAAUAUAAAACUAAAAUAUUUUAUAAGUAUAUUUUACUUUUUUUACAAUCAUAUUUUUGUAAUGCUCUUAUUAUGUUAUUUUUACUUAGUAAAACUAAAAAAAAUGGAGGAAAUAAUACACAUUGCCAUAGAGAACGGUAUUAUAAAUAAUAUAUUUAAUUUACUAGAAGAUCUAGACAAUAACGGAAAGUAUGAAAAUCAUUUAGGAAUUUAAAAAAAUGAUAAAUCAAGGAAUGAAAAUUAUUUUGAGUUAGUCAUUCCUCGAUACACAAAUAUUCAAGUUGUAGAACAUUUUAGAAUGUCACGGAUCUGUUUUGAAGUAAUAUACAUUUCAGUCAUAUACAUUUAUAUUAUUUUUGUUUAAUUGGAUACAAGUAAAUAAUGUUUGUGUGUGAGGUGUCAAAGUUUGCUGCGCAAUCAUGUUCCGUUGCGCUUAUUAAGCAUAUUUUGAGUUUGCUACAAAACAUAGCGACCGCUUAGCAAACAUGUUGCAAAAGCGUAAACCGCUAAAUGGCAGUGAGCAGAAAAUCUUACAACAGUUGCAAAGCAGCUUGUUCUGCUGAGCACAGCUAAUGGUUGGCAAGCUUACGGGGAAUCCCCAACGUCGACUUAUAAGUGCGUGGCGAUAAAAAUACGUUUACAAAGCAUCUGUGAAAAGAACACAGUAGGAUAGAGACAAAAUGGAGUUACAACCAAAAGUAACAAGUUACGGAAUAGAAAACUCGCCAUGCAUUACUUCAGAUGAAUACUUUAUGGGAAUAGCAAUGCUUCUUGAGAAACGAUCCGAAAAAGGUUGCUAUCCUGUGGGUGCGUGUAUAGUUAAUAGUGAUCAAAGAAUUGUCGGAACUGGAUAUAACACAAUAUACAACGGAUGGAAUAAAAAAAAAGACAGAUUUUUCAGACCUCUUUUUUUGUACCAUGCAGAAGUGGCAGCUAUUUUAAAUAAAACUUCAACGGAUGUCAAAGGCUGUACAAUGUAUGUCACACAAUUCCCUUGUAAUAACUGUGCGAAUAGAAUAAUAUCAUCCGGCAUAAAAAAAAUUAUAUAUUGUGAUAUGAAGCGUGACCACGCGCAUACUACAACAAGAAUACAAGCCGCAAAAGAAAUAUUUGCUGCUAAUGGCGUAACUUACACAGAAUGUACAACAAUUUAUGACAAGCUUGUUCCUGAAGCUUAUUGUAGAUUUUCACGAUUGACAAACGAGGAAUGUUUUAUGGGAAUAGCGCAUCUUUCUUCAAAACAAAGUGGAAAUGAGGAAAAAAUUGGUGCAUGCAUUGUUAAUAAUCAUAACGUUAUUGUCGGCGUUGAAUAUAACAGCCUCUCUAGAAAAAUGGAUCAAAUAUCAUUAAGCUCCCUACAAAAAAACAUUCCUGCUUCAUACUUUAAUGUAUGUUACGCAGAUUUUAUAAUUAAUUUAAUCCUAAGCACUUCAUGUGAUGUUAAAAACUGUACGAUGUAUGUCACUUCUUUUCCUUGCAAUGAAAGUGCGAAAGUAAUAGUACAGUCUGGCAUAAAAACAGUAAUAUACUUGCGUAAAACUACUGAUGAUAAAACAAAAGCCGCGAAGAAAAUGUUUGACGCUGAUAAAGUAAAACAUAGACAAUUUGGUGUUAAGAUUUCAAACAUAGAAAUUUUUCGAAGUGAAAGUACCACAGAUUUGAAUACAGUAAUAGAAUUGAUGAAAAAAUUACAAAUACAAAAAGAAAAUCAAGUAAAAGAAGAUGGAAAGAAGAUAAAGAAAAAAAAACAAACAAACCAAACAAAAUCUACAAACAAAAUUGAAAGUGGAAGUAAAGAUUUGCAUGCAACAACGGAAGUCAGUAAAAAAGUUCAAACAGGAACAAAACAUCAAGAAAAAAGAGGAGAAAAGAAAGGAAAGAAAAACAGGAGUAAAAGUCAAACAAAAUCUACAAACAACAUUAAAAGUGGCAUUCCUACAGGUUUUAAUCUUUCAGCUACUACGAGUGAACAUAAUCGCUCGUCACAAACCUCUGUUCAUAUACUACGGGCAACUACAAUCACUCAAGAAACGUUGUUCAUAUACUACGGGUAAUAUAGUCGCUCGCCAUGAAACGAUCUUCACAUGCUAUAAGCGAUUAUAACAGAUACGCAUUUGAUGAUUUAUCAAUGAAUUCAAAUGCAUAUGUGUUUUGUCCAUAUCAUUUGAUUAAGUUUUUGUUUUUAUUACUAACUUAAUGAUAAUCAUAUCCGUUUGGUAAAUAUGUGCUUAUGAUGUGAGAUUUUAUUUAGUAUUGAUAUAUUUUGACGACCAGUUCCGCCGAAACAGUUAAUACAGCAAUAGAUAAUAUCAUCAAAAAGUCAAACAAAAAAAGAAUAUCAAGAAAAAGAAAAGAAAAAAACCAAAACAAAAACUAUAAGCAAGCAAACAAUAAACUUUAAGUUCUGUUUUCAAUUUAUAUAAUGGAGAAUAUAUAAAAGGUUAUUCUAGUUUUAGCUUAUGUAUUUAAUAAAAGAUACACAAAAAAUACACUUCUGUCGACACAGAGAAUCUGAGAAAAUGAAAUAAAAAUAUAUAAUGUAAAAUUAAGAAAGAAUGUAUUUUGUAAUAGUAUAA